AUGGCAGCCACGCGCUAUGCCAACCACAGCAAACAACCCAUUCGGAGAAGACAUUUGACCGGGGCCAAGACGGCGGCGCACAUCUUGUCUUGGUCGCGUCUGCCGCCCAAAAAGAAACUAUCAGCUUCCAACUCGACGGGGAAGAAGUUGAGCAAGAAGAACCAGCAACUCCAGCAGGGAGCAAUCACCAGGGUCGACAAAGAGGAGCAGGAGGCCAGACAAUCAAUAACAAGCAGACCAGUCAAACGAGUUGGAGGAAACCAUACCAGGAGCAACACAAUCUCCCAAAAACUGCAUGAUCUGGGCAAAGACAUCAAGGAGGUGGCCCAUGGCGUUGGCUCCUCAAUUAUCUCCUCCGCCGCCGCCUUGCCCUCCGUCUUUACUCCUAACAACACAUCCUCCGCACCCUCAUCGCCAUCCAAACUCUCAAUGACUGCCUCCCUGGGCAGGAAACCUAACAGGACCAAGCUCAAGAUUGCCAAAACAAAUGCCGCCCAGCUCCAGGCCCAACUCGAGUCCCAGCUGUCGCCCAAAAUCGACCUCCGGAAGAUCAAAAACAAGUACCUACUCUGGACUUGCAGUGCUCUGAAACUGCAGAUCUUCGAGGUCAUUUUACCAUCAACUCUUUCUCACUAG